AUGUCCUGUGUCGGCUGUUCGAAGGAGGUUGCGCUGGAAGACCCGAUGCCCGAGACGCCUCCGGCUCGGGUUGACCCAUCGACCGACACGCAAGAAUACCAGCAGCGCGCCGCGGCCACACCGAGAAAAAAAACCGGCAACACCGAGACACGGAGCGAGGGGGUACAAUGCAGCGGCCCUCCGGUCGACCAGGGAGUACAGACUUCGGCGCUCAGGCUACCGAGGAAAAGCGGUGCCUCGACACACCGCACCAUUCACCCGAGGCCACUCUCCCCUACCAAGAGUUCCGUCAUGAGCUCGCCAGAGGCUCAAGUCAACCAAUAUGGCGAAGAGACCUACAGAGAAAAGGCUUCCCGUGGUUUGAGCACGCCCGCAGGGGGGGCACACGAGCCUGCGCGGGUAGGGAUAGCGCUAGAAAGGGAAGCACACAUACACGUUAGAGUAGGCCUUGAGGGAGUGCGCGACGCGGACCGAGGACAACAAAGGGCGAUCUGGAGUGUCGCUAACGGAGGAGACCCCGGUGCGCCUGGACCCGUGAUGAUGCUUCCCCUAGAGUUAGGCCACGAUCGGCGGAACGAUGCAUCCAAUCGAACCGUGAGGCGGUUUCUGAAGGUUAUCGACUUUACGGAGAAGCCCCACGAGGUUGGUGACAGAGACACAGUCGCGUCAAUUCCGCAGUCCGAGCACACUACGUCGCCAGUACAUGUUCAGGGGGACGUGGACAACGGUGUAGUUGAUCCCAUACUCAUGGAUCACCGCGAUAGCAGAGAUAAAUCGGAGAGGCGGGGGCAGGGGCGCACGGGACGUUUGGAUCCCUUAUGGGAGAGUCUUGGGUCGUUGGGCGAGCGAUUGGCUGUGGUGGGCGGCCGUUUCGACCAGCUCGAUCAGGAAAUUUGUCACGAUCGAGAGGUGAUCGAAGGCUAUCAGAGAGAAGCUCAGGAAGAAGCGGAACUUGCCGCGAGAGACCUAUUGGACAUCCGGACACGAAGAUCGUUGCCCCCCAGCCGUACUACAGGCUACAUACCUCAGACACUUUUCGUGGGGUACGACUGCGGGGUUGGAUGCAACGAACGCGCGAAACUUCGGCCGGACAAAUCAGUAGGUCGUUUGACAACAGUGGAGUAG